AAAAGAUAACUUAAGAGAGGAGGUGGAAUUCUCCUUUUUACAUGGUGUUGGCCGCGUUGUAUAGCAGGUUUGCCGAAAUGGCUGGCCACAUGGUACACCCUCAUUGGAGGCUCUAGCUCAUUGUUGUGUUUCCUAGUUCCUGCAACUCCGGUAAAGGUUUUACUGGCGUGGGCAGAUUGGUCAAUAGGCAACUUGCGUGGGCAGAUUGGUCAAUAGGCUGGGUGUCGAGUUAUUAGGCCCAAUAGAAAGUAAGGACAAGAAAUGUUGGACAUUGCUAAAGGCCUAAACGUGACAAGUAUUAGCAUUUAGCACCAGAAUUUUAGGGACUACUAAUAUAGCACAAUUAUUCCAGCUUGUAACCAGUGAAGUGAAAAUCGGGCGAGAGUUUUACCGUCAAGAGUAUCAAUGGAAGUUUUGUUUGAAGCAAAGUACACAGUGGUAAGAGUUGAAUACUUGGAAUACGAACUAUCUUUCUGUUUUGUUUGACAAGCACAAUUGCGUCAACCUUGAUCACGGCAUAAAUUACCAUUGCAGGGAUGCAAUGGUUUAGUUUUAAAAUGAAUGGUCUAGGACACGAGCAUGACAACACUUGCACUGAGCCACAAAGGUGGCUAUUGCGGGUGGGUGAGCCACUCUCUUCGAUUAAAUGAGUGAUUUGACCGCUUCCAAACCGGCCCAUUCAGGGUGAAAGAUCAUAUGAAGAUGCUGUACAUGAUCACAGAUUGCAUGUUUGCUUUAACCAGCUAAAAAUCAUUCAAUAAUGUGAAACUUAGAGGACAAACCCACGUGACCAUCCUUAUGAUGGCAUUGCCUCAUUCGGAUUUACGGGGCCAAGAUUUCCUGCUACUCCACCAAUGAGCGAGGGCGGUGCCAUUGACAUACCUCUAAAACUCAAUGCCGUAAGCUUGUUUGAAUCGUGCAUUGUUGCUAAGAAGGAAGAACCCAACUCAAUUUCUGCAGCCAGUCAUUUUCAUAAUCAGCCAGAGCCUCCCAAUCCCACUACCCAGUUCGGCAUUGUCUCAGAAGUAGUGAAGGAGCCACCACCUGAACAAACGCACGCACAUCCCUUACACUUUCGGCACUUCCAUCAUUGCUCUAUUUCUCUGGCUUAGCGUGUGAGUUUUCCUUGCUUCAUUGCUGCCCAUUUUUCUCUCCACUUUCCUCUCUUCAAUAUUGGUGCCCAUCUUUCUUUCUCCUUCUUUCCCAUACAAUCACUUUUUUGGAGCCAACUUCCUAAUCACCAUCUCUCCACUUUUUCCCGUGUGUCUACAUUUCGUACCUCACACGCCAAUCAUGAAGAACUCUCCAUGUUGGCACAUGAUGAAACCCUAAACCCACUUUUAAAUACUCAAUGAUACAGUACAUUUAACUCAAUACCACAGCAUUAACCAUGAGAAUCAAAGCAGCCAUAUUUUGGCUCUCUGCCUUUGCCAUUGCACUCCUGUCCAUCAUCAUCACCCUGUAUACUGUCCCUCCUUCAAAUACUAGUACUGCCAUUAGUGCUCCGGACAGUUUCUACCUUGCUAUCUACAAUACGGUUGUCAAGCAAAGUGGGGUUGAGGAUCUUUUGUCCCAUAUCCUGUAUAGAGGCCAUCAUCAUCGGAGGAAGCCUAAGAGAAGAUGUGACACAAGAAAAUGGAAGUCUAGGCUCGUAUCCAUCUACAAAGUGGCACUCAUUUUGACGGUCGACUUGAAGGGUUGUGCAAAUUUUAGCAGCGUCCAGAAGGCAGUAGAUGCUGUUCCUGAGAAUAGCCCCACCAGGACCCUCAUCAUCAUUGAUUCUGGUACCUACAGGGAAAAAUUGGUUGUGGGGGCCAACAAGACAAAUCUGAUAUUUCAAGGUCAGGGAUAUCUUAAUACAGCUAUAGAAUGGAACGACACCGCAAAUUCCACCGGAGGGACUGCCUACAGCUCUUCAGUUGCCAUUUUUGCUUCCAACUUUACUGCUUACAAUAUUAGCUUUAAGAACACAGCUCCUUCCCCACCACAGGGGAUAAUUGGAGGUCAGGCAGUGGCACUUCGAAUUGCAGGCGACAGGGCUGCAUUUUAUGGAUGUGGGUUUUAUGGAGCCCAAGACACACUUAAUGAUGAUCGUGGGAGGCAUUAUUUCAUCGAAUGUUUCAUCCAAGGAUCCAUUGAUUUCAUUUUUGGAAGCGCUAGAUCUCUCUAUCAGGGGUGCACCAUUAAUUCAAUAGCGAAAGAAGUCGCCGGCGGGAUUAGCGGGGCUAUCACAGCUCAUGGGAGGCAGUCGAUGAACGAGCAAACUGGUUUUUCCUUUGUGAAUUGUAGCAUCAGUGGAACUGGGAGAGUAUGGCUUGGGCGAGCUUGGGGAGUUCAUGCCACUGUGGUGUUUUCUACAACAUACAUGCCGGACGUCGUUGCUCCGGAUGGUUGGAAUGAUUGGAGAGACCCUUCCAGAGAUCAAACGGUCUUCUUUGGAGAGUAUCAAUGUUUGGGACCAGGAGCAAAUUACACAUAUAGGGUCUCGUACGCAAAGCAACUUGGUAAAUUUGAAGCAGCUCUCUACAUGGAUAUUACCUACAUUAAUGGAGAUGAAUGGCUUCUCUAUCAUCAAAAUAUUUUAUCUGUUCCUGAUCUUGAUAGGGAUAAAGAAGAUAUUCAAACGGACUGAUACUAUUAUAUGUAAGAAUUUAUUAUAUAUUAUAUGUACGAUCGAGAGAGAAAUAUUGUAACUUAAGCAUGCAUAUA